AUGAGAGAAGGCCACAGAUUAGGAGAAAACACAUCUCCUGGGCUCCAUUGGAUUGUUCAAGACGUGACGCUGCACGACCUGGAUGUGGCCAACGCCAGGCCCCAGGGAGGUCAGGACAUUCUCUCGAUGAUGGGACAAUUGAUGAAGCCCAAAAAGACCGAGAUUACAGAUAAGCUGCGUGCGGAGAUAAACAAGGUGGUGAACCGGUACAUCGACCAGGGCGUGGCGGAGCUGGUGCCGGGCGUCCUGUUCGUGGACGAGGUCCACAUGUUGGACAUCGAGUGCUUCACGUACCUCCACAGAGCGCUGGAGAGCACCAUCGCCCCCAUCGUCGUGUUCGCCUCCAACCGCGGGAACUGCCUCAUCAGGGGCACAGAGGACAUCAGCUCUCCUCACGGUAUUCCCCUGGACCUUCUGGACCGCGUCAUGAUCAUCCGCACCAUGAUGUACACGCCGCAGGAGUUGAAGCAGAUUAUCAAGAUCCGAGCUCAGACUGAAAGCAUCAACAUCAGUGAAGAAGCUCUCUCACAUCUGGCAGAGAUCGGCUCAAAGACCACCCUCCGGUACGCGGUGCAGCUGCUGACCCCAGCCAGCCUUUUGGGACGCGUUCAGGGAAAAGAAAACGUAGAGCGAGAACAAAUCGAAGAAAUCAACGAACUUUUCUACGACGCAAAAUCGUCGGCAAAAAUCCUCCAGGAUCAGCAGCACAAGUUCAUGAAGUGA